GUGAGAUUUGACCAGCAAAUAAAAGUCAGUCGCAGAGAAAGUCAAAACAAACUCAUUUAAAGGUUUGAACAAAGGCUUACUUUUGUUCACUGAUCUAAAGACAAGUUCAGCUCCUCUUCAGCAUAAACUGAAGGAAGAGCUUUGAAGAAGAGGAUGGAUUCGGUGGGGUUGAAUCUGAUAAAAACAGCGGCUCUUGGGAGAUCCUUUGAGUUGGGCAUGCUGUAUGACUGCAGAAAAGAUUCUUUAAUACCAGGGAUCAGACUUUGGAAAAAUGAGGAGAUGAAGAAGAAUAUUUCCUCUCGUAAUCAAAUUAACACAAGAUUCAAAGUCACAGCUUCAGACACCAUUAAGGACAAAUCUAAGUUACUAAAUAUUGGUGGUGAAUUGAAACUGAGUCUUUUAAGUGGACUCAUCAGUGUUAGUGGAGCAGCAAAGUAUCUCAAUGACACAAAGACAUCUUUCAAACAGGAGAGACUGACUCUACUCUAUCAUUCAACCAGCGAGUUUAAGGAAUUGAUCAUUAACCAAUUGCCCAGCAUACAAAAUAUUCCUGAGGAUGAAAACAAUAUAGCCACACAUGUAGUGACAGGAGUAAUGUAUGGAGCAGAUGCCUGUUUCAUUUUUGACAGAAAGAUUUCAGUAAAUGAAGACAAAACCACAGUAGAAGGAGAAUUAAAAGUGGCCCUUGAGAAACUACAGGGUGUCGUUUCAUUAGAUGGAAAUGUUAAUCUGAGCAUGGAUGACAAUCAGAAAAAUGCAGUCAAAAACUUCACAUGUACAUUCUAUGGUGACUUCCAGCUACCAUCUAACCCGACCUCUUUGGAAGAUGCGAUGAAGGUUUUUGGUGAUCUUCCAAAGCUGCUGGGAGAAAAUAAAGAUCUGGCCGUUCCUCUGAGAGUUUGGCUUUAUCCUCUGGACAAACUUCACUCAAGAGCUUCAAAACUUCAUAAAGAAAUCAGCAUGGAUCUAGUCAAGAGGAUUGAAUCAGUGGUUGAGAGUUUAAACACAGCUGAGAUGAAAUGCAGUGACUUUCUGGAAGACUCUCCCGCUCAGACAUUUGCUGCCUUUCAUGAUAAAAUUCUGCAAAUGAAGGACAACUGUGAGACGUACAAGUUGAGACUCCUGAAGGAACUCAGCUCUCUGCUGCCCAACAUUCGUGGAGACGUGAUGAAAGAAACUGCACUGAAUAAACUUCUACAAGAAAAUGAUGAAUCUCCUUUCAGAGGAAAUGAUCUUGUGGAAUGGCUGGAAGAGAGAGAAAGAGAGUCUGAGAUCAUUAAAUCAGUCCUUGGACGGCUGCAGGCUUAUGGUGCACAUAUAAAAAACAACAUAGAUGCCACCUGGAUGGGCCUGGAAGAUGGAAACCUGGUGUGUUACACGUUCACAUCAUUGGACUGCUUAGAUGCUCUUCUUUCUAAGCAAGCUUACUAUCUGAGUCCUUCAACUGAUCAGAAGAUCCCUGAUUCAAAGCAAAAGUCUUGGCUAACUCCUGAGAUCAAAAAGAGCAUGAAGAGAAACUUGAAGAUAUUUAAGAAUUUUACUGAUAUAAAGGACUGUAAAACAGCCAAGUUUAUUGUGUCUUCAAAGGAAAUGCAAAAACAUCCUGGUUCCUGUAUUCUACUGUAUGAAAGUGAAUGUGAUGAAGGUGUUUGCUUUACUCCUCCAUCCAAACCAGCCUGUCCAAUCAUUGAAGAGGUCAAAGGUCAGACGGUGGUUCUGAAGGUGGUUCCUCCAUCAUGUCCUGCUACAGUGGAGUUCAGAUUACUGUAUAAAGUGAAGCAGGACACAAUCUGGACUUCUGAACCUGUGCUGAAGGAUCAACACACAGUUACUCUGACUGAUCUGAGAGAAGAAACUAAGUAUGAGAUCAAGUGUGCUGCGGUGGGGAAACUCAACUACACCGUAGACAGUGAUGUGAUCAGUGUCACCACAGAGAAAAGCACACUUACAGGGGAUGUUAGGAUUGUGCUGCUGGGAAAGACUGGCGUUGGGAAAAGUGCAGCGGGAAAUACCAUACUGAGACGAGAAGCUUUCAAAUCAAUACUGUCUUCACGCUCUGUGAAAGAAACAUCUGAGUUCAACAAAAGAUGGAUAACUGUGAUCGACACUCCAGGGCUGUAUGAUUCUGGAGUUGAGAAUGUUGAGAUUAGGAAAGAGAUUGUGAUGUGCAUCUCAAUGGCAGCUCCUGGACCACAUGUGUUUCUGCUGGUGAUUCAACUGGGACGUUUCACUCAAGAGGAGAAAGACAUAGUGAAGAUGAUCCAUGAGACAUUUGGAGACAAAUCCAAAAUAUACACCAUGGUGCUGUUCACCAGAGGAGAUAAACUCAGAGGAAGAAGAAUUCAAGAUUUCAUUGAAGAUGAUGAAAGUUUAAAGGGCCUCAUCCAGCAGUGUGGUCAGAGAUACCAUGUGUUCAAUAACAAUGAGACUGAAGAUCUGACGCAGGUUUCUGAGCUGCUGGAGAAGAUUGACUGUAUGGUGACAGAAAAUGGAGGGAGUUUCUACACCAAUGAAAAGUUCCAGCUGGUGGACAAGAACAUCAAAGAGAGACAAAAGAUGAUAAUAAAGGAAAAAGAAGUAGUGAUCAAGAGAAGAGAAGAAGAGCUGAGAGCCAAAUAUGAAACAGAAAUAAACCACAUGAAGAAAGAAACGGAGAGAGAAAGAUGGAAGAUGCAGACUGAAGUGAGAAAAAGUGAAGAGGAGUUUAAAAAGAGGGAAAACGAGAUCAAGAAAGCAACAGAUGAGAAUCUACGAAAAGAGAUGAAGAGAAAACUGGAGGAGGAUCAGAGAGAAUAUGAAGAGAAAAAGAUAAAAGAAAAAUCCCUAGAAGAGCAACAACAAAACUUUAUAAAAAGCAUGGAAGAAAAACAUGAGGAGGAAAAACAUAACCUACAGGAAAGAAUUCAAAGAGAAACAAGAGAACAAGCAGAGCAUGAAUAUAAUGAAAAACUUGAUAAACGUGUGGCUAAAGCUUUAAAAGAAGCUGAAGAAAAACAUGAAACAGAAAAGGCUAAAGCUCUAAAAGAAGCAGAGGAAAGACACAAGAAAAAAGUGGAUGAAGUUUUACAAGAUGCAGAAAAAAAGCACAAGAAAGAAGUGGAUAAAGUAUUAAAUUCUGUUAAAGAAAAACACGAGAAAGAAGUGAGUGAAACCUUAAAAGUUGAAGAAAAACAGAAGGCAAGAGCUUUAAGAGAAGCUAAAGAAAAAUAUGAGAGAGAAAAGACUGAAGCUUUAAAAGAAGCUGAAGAAAAAUACAAGAGAGAAAAAGAUAAAGCUUUAAGAGAAGCUGAAGAAUAUUUCAAGAAAGAAAAGGCUGAAGCUGAAGCAAAAGUUCCAAACAGAUCAAAACGAGCAAGUGAUUGGAGUCACUAUGUUCCUGUACUCGGAGGAGCUGCUGGAAGUUUAGUUGGUACAUUUGAAGACAUCCUAUUUUGAUAACAUGUCGAGCCCAAAACCCGAGGUGUGAAUUCAGGUAUAUUGUGACAAGUUAUUGUUCAAUGAAAUAUUAUAAUUCUUUCUAAAAUGCUAGGGUUACUACUGGAUAGAGUUGACCGCUUUAUGGCUAAAUGCUUGAGACAUCAUUCCCAUAUGAGCAAUGCCAGACACAUUACUGAUUCUGUAGUCCGAAAUAUGCAUGGCUGUUGCAACAGAAGCUACUUGUUUUGCUUUAUGAAGUUUUAUAUAAAGAUAUUUGUCUUAAAUAAAUGCAUCCACUCACUUCAGAAGGCCUUUAUUAACCCCCUGGGGCUGCAUGAAGUAUGUUUUAUGUUUGCUGGAUGCACUUUUUUGGCCUUCAAAAUAUCAUCUCCUAUUCAGUACCAUUAUAAUGUUUGGAAUUGCCAGGAUACAUUUUAUUUAUCUCAGAUUGUGGACUUCUGAAAGAAGAAAGUCAUAUACAGCCAUGAGAGUGAGUAAAUUACGGGGUAAAUUUCAUUAUUGGGUAGAUGUGCUUCCAUAAUAUCAGUUUAUCGGCUAAAGUUGAACAGUCUUGUGAUUAGAGCGUUUAAUGUCAGAACAAAAUCUAGCCAUAAAGAGGGCAGUUGCUGUUGGUAGCAAAAUUUCGGCAACUAUAACCAAAACAUCUUCACAACCCUUGCAUUUUUGAAGAGUUAUAAAAUUACACUGCACAAAAAACAUUGAACAAAACAACCUAAAUUAUUACAUAGUAAUACAAAUCAGAAUCAACUUUUAAUUCCAAGUAUGUUCACACACACAAGGAGUUGGUCUUGGUGACAGAAGCCACUUUUCUAGUGCUUCUGUCUGUCCAAAAUAUACCUGAAAUAUAAGGGAAAGAAUUCAAAAAGAAACAAAGAUACAUACAAAAAUAUUAUGGAAAAACUUGAUAAGUUUUUCAAGUGGGGGGCACAGCAAUGUGCCAAGGUACAGUUUGCUAAGCAUAAAAACAAAACAAAAAAAAACUUUUAAAACUCUUUAGAAAAUCUGAAGGAAAUUAAUGAAUAGAAAAAGUAAUUUCAGGUAUAGAAAGUAAGUGAAUUAUCCACCCCUUCAGAUGAGGAACUGUUAGAGAAGACUAGACAGACACAUUAGUCAUUGUAAACUGCUCAAAUGUAACAUUUUAAAUGAGACCGACUAAAUGCUGUAGGAUGGAGUCAUGGGGAAGAACCUUGUCUUUUAGUGACUUGGGGGACAACCUCAUGAUGAAGAUAUGGUGGGUGGGGGGGUAAGAUGAUUAGAUUACACCAACUACAGUUUAGUCACCAACCAAAUGGUCUCUGUGGUCUUUGUUAAAAUUAUUAUGACUCCAUUAUAACCAGAGAUAAACAAAGUUUAAACAAACUUAUCAUUCAGAGGACAACUCUGUCAGCAAACGUAAAUGCAGGAACUUCAGAAACUUUCAAAACAUUUCAUGAACAAAGACAUUCUGAGCUACAGGAGAUAUAUAAAAAAUAUGAUAUAUUACUAUUAAAUUAUUAUUUUUUUCUCCAAAGGUCCAUGGCUGGAAAGAAGCCUUUUUUUUGUUUUUUGUUUUUUUGUACCAUUGUUUCAUCACAAUUUCAC